CUACUCUCAUGACUGGAAACCUGUGACAGCUGUACCCACCACUGAACCCAAGCAGCAUCCUAAGGAUGUUACCCUGGUCAAAGCUUGCAGUGGGUCUUUGUCUCCUGCAAGUCCUCUGCAUCACCGCUGAUAUAGACAGUGGCAUUUUCCUUAUUUUCAACCAGGACCACAGCAAGUGCAUACAGGUAGAAAGCGCCACUUCAAUAACCCUGGCUCGAUGUGCUCCCCAUGCCAAGGAGCAGCAGUUUCGAUGGGCCUCUGAAUCUCGCCUCCUUAGUUUGUCCCUCAAGUUGUGUCUGGGCGCCACGGAGAUAAAAGACUGGGUGAAGGUGCUCCUCUUCGAAUGCAAUGAGAGCAGUAUUCUUCAGCACUGGCAAUGCAAGAAUGAGACCCUCUUUGGCCUUAAAGACCAAGACCUGCACCUAAACUGGGGCAACUUCAAGGAGAGGAAUGUAAUGAUCUACAAAGGCUCAGGUGUAUGGAGUCGCUGGAAAAUAUAUGGCACUCAGGGGGACCUUUGUUCGAAGGGAUAUCAAGAGAUUUUCACACUAGGUGGCAAUGCGUUCGGAGCACCUUGUCAGUUUCCAUUUAAGUUCCACAACAAAUGGUUUGCUGAAUGCACAAAGGAAGGUCGCACAGAUGGACGGCUGUGGUGUGCGACAACGAGAGAUUAUGACAAAGACAAGAAGUUUGGGUUUUGUACAACAGGAGCAACAUUUGGUUGGGACACUGACCCAGUCACAGGGGUGCAGUAUCAAAGGAACACACAGGCAGCAAUGACGUGGCAUCAGGCCAGGAUGAGUUGCCAGCAGCAGGGAGCUGACCUCCUCAGCAUCGUAGAGCUACAUGAACAAUCCUACAUUUCAGGGCUGAUAAGUCAUUUGGGAAAUGCUCUGUGGAUUGGGCUGAACAGUUUGGAUUUUGAGAGCGGAUGGCAGUGGAGCAAUGGGAACCCAUUCAGAUAUUUAAACUGGGCUCCUGGUCAUCCGUCAUCAGAGCCUGGACUCAUGUGUGUGGCCUUAAAUUCUGCAAAAGCAUCAAAAUGGGAAAGCAACACUUGCAACAAAAAACUUGGUUACAUUUGUCGUAAAGGAAACUCAACCAGUUUGCCUCCACCACCAAGUAAAGGGCCCAGCUUUUGCCCCAGUCAUUGGGUUCCUUAUGGAGGAAACUGUUACUACCUGCAGAGGAGUAAAAUGAUGUGGAAGGAUGCUUUGGCUGAGUGCCGCAAGGAGGGAGCAGAUUUGGCCAGCAUACACAAUAUAGAGGAGCAAAGCUUCAUCAUUUCUCAGUCUGGAUACACACAUUCAGAUGUGCUCUGGAUUGGCCUGAAUGACCAGAGGAACCAAAUGCUGUUUGAAUGGUCCGAUCACUCUCCUGUCACGUUUACCCAGUGGCAGAGUGCUGAGCCUUCCCAUGCUAACAACCACCAAGAGGACUGUGUCCUCAUUCGGGGAAAGGAUGGAAAGUGGGCAGAUCACAGCUGUGAAAGGACAUACGGGUAUAUCUGUAAGAAGAAAGGCUCUACAAAACCAUCAGAUGGAACCCAAGAGGUCGUCAACCCAGGAUGCAAGCUAGGUUCUGUCAGAUUUGGCUCAUAUUGCUAUAACAUUGGCACUGAAGCCAAAACCUUUGAAGAGGCAAAGCAAGAUUGCUCAGGUGCUGGAGCUAACCUCCUGGAUGUGGCUGAUAGAUAUGAGAAUGCUUUUCUCGUUAGUUUGGUGGGACUGAGACCAGAGAAGUAUUUUUGGACAGGUUUUUCCAACRUGGAAGACAUACAUACUUUCAAAUGGACAACACAAAGAAAGGUCUCCUUCACUCAUUUCAAUGUGGGCAUGCCAGCCAGAAAACAGGGAUGUGUUGCCAUGACAACUGGGAUUUUUGCUGGCCUGUGGGAUGUGAUCAGCUGCAGCAACAAGGAGAAGUAUAUCUGCAAGAAGCUGGCAGAGGGUGCCCUAAUGUCCACGGUUCCACCAACCACCCCAGCUCUGAGCUGUGCAUCUGGGUGGACACCCGUUGCCAAAAGAAAUGUUUGCUACAAAAUUUACAAGAAAAUGAAAGAACACAAAAAGAAUUGGCAGGAAGCGCAGGACUUCUGCAAGGCCAUGGGUGGAGACCUGAUGAGCAUACACAGUAUGCAGGACCUUGCAAAUUUGCAGGUUUACGGCUCUGAAGCUUGGAUAGGCCUCAGACUUAAGGGUACCAACCAAGGUUAUGUUUGGAGUGACGACUCACCUUUUGGCUUUGAGAAUUGGGGCUUUGGAGAACCGAACAACCACAAUGACAAYGAACACUGUGCAGAAAUCCAGUUUUACUAUGGACGGCAUUGGAAUGAUCGGAAUUGUGACACUUAUAAYGACUGGAUCUGCCAGAUUCGCAAAGGUGUGACUCCCAAACCAGAGCCUGCCUUGAUUGUUGAAGAGUUCAACACCACAGAAGAUGGAUGGCUCAUAUACAAUGACAGUCAUUACUACAUCAACAAUGACAACUUGGCRAUGGAAGCUGCCAGAGCCUACUGCAAGAAAAACUUUGGUGAACUUGUUGUCAUCACAGGGGAGAGUGAGAGGAAAUUCCUCUGGAAGCAAAUUGCAAAAAAAUCUGAAUCCCAGUACUACAUUGGCAUGAUAGUAAAUUUGGACAAAUCUUUCAGCUGGUUGGAUGGGACACCUGUAACUUACACUGCAUGGGAAAAUAAUGAACCCAAUUUUGCAAACAAUGAUGAAAACUGUGUGACAAUCUACAAGAGCAUGGGGUACUGGAAUGACAUUAAUUGUGGUCUUGAGCUUCCCUCCAUUUGCAAAAGAAGCAGCAGUUUUGUCAAUACAACAAUGGCACCAACUCCAAUUCCUAAAGGAGGAUGUGCGCCUGAGUGGCUURCCUUCCAAGGAAAGUGCUACAAAUUGUUUACAAGCAACAAAAGCUGGGAKGAUGCCAGAACAUACUGCCAACAAGAGGGAGGCAAUCUAGUGUCCAUAGUCAAUGAGAAGGAGCAAGCCUUCCUAACAACACAGAUGUUACACCACAGUGAUGAUCUGUGGAUUGGAAUGAAUGAUGUCAACUGGGAGAUGCAUUUUGUGUGGACAGAUGGCAAAGGCAUUCCAUACACCAACUGGGCUAAAGGACACCCUUCAACAACGCCUGAUGGGCGUUAUUUUAAUGAGAUGUUUGAUUGUGUGAUCAUGGUAGGCAGUGCCAGAAAGAUGACAGGACAGUGGAAGGUGGAGGACUGUGGUGUUAAACGUGGCUUCAUCUGUAAGAAAAAUGUUGACCCCCAGAUUGUCGUUCCGCCCACUACRGUCUCACCAAAGACCUUUUACAAGAUUGGCAAUGACUCCUACAAAUUGGUGACCCAGAAGAUGAGGUGGGAUGAGGCUCGGAGACAGUGUCAGGCAGAUGAUGCAGAUCUGGCCAGUAUCCUAAACCCUGUAAUCCAGGCAUACAUCACCAUGCAGAUUUUCAAGCACAAAGAGCCUAUUUGGAUUGGCCUCAACAGCAAUGUGACGGGGGGUCGCUACAAGUGGGUUGACAACUGGUUUCUUUCCUACACCAAAUGGGGCAACAAUGAGCCUAAAAGCAACUAUGGCUGUGUGUAUAUAGAUGUGGACAACACAUGGAAGACAGCACCAUGCACCAAUACCUUCUAUUCCAUUUGCAAAAGGUCUUCAGAGGUAGCUCCUACUGAGCCACCCCAGCUACCUGGCAACUGUCCAGAGUCAAAGAAACAAAGACCAUGGAUACCUUUCAGAGGCCAUUGUUAUUCUUUCUUAAGCUCAAUGUCAGACAACUGGGCCCACGCCUCAGUUGAGUGUCUGAAAAUGGGUGCAUCUUUAGUGAGCAUUCAAGACCCUGUUGAAGAGAGGUUUAUACAACAGAAUAUUGAACUUCUGCAGGAUGGUGCAAAAACUUUCUGGAUUGGUCUUUACAAGUCUCAUGACGAUCAGUGGAUGUGGAUUGAUAACAGUGUCGUGGAUUAUAUCAACUGGAAAGCAGGAAUACCAAAGUUAGAUUCAUGUGUAAACAUCCAUUCUGACAGCGGGCAAUGGAGUACAAAUAGCUGCAGCAGAUAUAGAUCCUACAUUUGCAAAACACCUAAAAUUAUACAACCCACAGAAAAGAUUCCAUCUGCAGCUCCUGUCAUUCAAAAAGCUUCGCAUGGAUCUGCUGGCAUCACUGUAUCUGUGGUGCUGAUCAUAAUUGCCAUUGYUGGACUUGGUGCCUUUCUGCUUUUCCGCAAGCGAAUAAAAAUACCCACUUCUGUUCUUGGAGACUGCACCUUUGACAAUAAAUUAUACUUCAAUCCCACCCGAGCACCUGUGGACACUACAGGCCUGGUGGAAAAUAUAGAGCAGAAUGAGCAAGCAUAGWAAGAUGUGUGAUGUGAGGUAAUCAGCACUUAAAAACAACUGAUCUCAGAGAAAUUCUCCAGUAGUUUCAUCAUUUUUCAGAAGCAUAAUUUGACAUCGCACUUAGUAAAAUAUGCACAAAAAAUGUGAUAAUGUGAUUUGUGAAAUCUGUAGAAAUCCUUUUUUUUUUUGUUUUCUAAUCAGUUUGACCAAAAAUAUUUGCUCGUGAUGAUCGAAAUAAAGAAAUGUGAAAAGGUUUUUCAAUGCAAGCUUACGGAUCUACCUUUUCAAUGAACUGUUUAUGAGCCUCUUUCUCAUAUUGUAUAUAGAUACUAAAUAAAUAAAAAUAAAUUAAGCAGA